AUGGAGUCAAAAGAAGAUCCAGUAAUCGCCAUUGUCGGCAUGGCUUGCCGCUUUGCCCAGGAUGCCACUAGUCCUUCUAGGCUAUGGGAUAUGCUGGCCACUGGUCAAGAUGGUUGGUCGGAAAUACCAGAGUCCAGGUUCGCGACUAAAGGGCUCUAUCACCCCAACGGUGAAAAGAUUGGCUCGACACAUGUGAAGGGCGGGCAUUUUCUCUGCGACGAUCCGGCCCUUUUCGACGCCCCAUUCUUCAAUCUCCCAGCCGAGGUUGCAAGUACCUUGGACCCGCAGCACAGGCUUACAUUAGAGGUUGUCUUCGAGGCAAUGGAGAGCGCGGGAACAACAUUAUCAACCUUUCAGGGCUCAGACACGUCUGUUUACGCGGGAUGUAUGGUCAGGGAUUACCAUGACACACUUUCUCGAGAUCCGGACGCACUGCCGCGGUACUUUAUGACCGGCAACGCUGCGACCAUGGCCUCGAGUCGCGUGUCCCACUUCUAUGACUUACAUGGGCCCAGCAUGACGAUAGACACGGGCUGCUCCACCACACUGACGGCUUUGCACCUGGCGUGCCAGAGCCUCAAAGCAGGGGAAAGCGGCGCUUCAAUUGUCACAGGUGCAAGCUUGAUGCUGAACCCCGAUGUCUUCGUGUCCAUGUCUAGCAAGCGACCACUGACCCUCUCUCUUGGUAGAUUCCUCUCUCCAGACGGCAAAUCCUAUUCGUUCGAUCACAGAGCAAAUGGGUAUGGCCGCGGGGAGGGAGUGGCAGCGAUCGUGCUGAAGCGGCUGGACGACGCGAUCGCAGCCGGCGAUCCAGUGCGCGCCGUCAUCCGCGGCACCGCCCUGAAUCAGGACGGCAAAACAUCGACCAUCACGACGCCCAGCCAGACGGCGCAGGAGACCCUAAUACGGUCCUGCUAUCGACGCGCCGGCGUCGAUCCGAUGGAGACGGGCUACGCCGAGGCGCACGGGACUGGCACACCUCGCGGGGACCCGAUCGAGCUCGCGGCUAUCGCCAGCGCGCUGGGCUCAGCCAGCCGUGGCCCCAGCCAACCUCUGCUGGUUGGCUCCGUGAAGGCGGCUAUCGGCCACACGGAAGCUGCGAGCGGCCUGGCAAGCGUAAUUAAGGUUGUCAUGGGCCUCGAGAAGGGUGUUGUGCCCCCAAAUAGCAACUUUCAGAGACGCAACCCGAAGCUGGAUCUCUCGGAAUGGAAUAUUCAGAUCCCUACGACGAUAAUGCCCUGGCCUGUACUAGGGGAAGUUCGUCGCGGUUCGAUUAACAACUUUGGCUUUGGAGGAGCAAAUGCUCAUGUGAUCAUUGAGGAGUUUCGGCCUACCGAAGACAAACUAUCGACGAUGAAUGGCAACCGUCGUGGUGUAAAUGGUGUCAAAGCUGUCAACGGUGACCAUGGUAACAUGAACAAGGGAAAGAAUGGCAUGGCACCUCAGCCUGAUCAACUUGUGCACAUGGUCCAACCAAGUUUCACAGCCCAGUUGAAGGGAAAGACGCACCUGAUUAUGAAUGGCGAAAUGAAUCGACAUGCCCCUGGUUCUGAACAGACUCAAGUUUCAGUCUCUAGACCACAGGCAAGUUGCUGGACCAUCAACAUGUUCCCAGGCAUCGGUGUUGACGAAACAGGGCUAACAACUUACACGCUCGGAGAACGCCGAUCAAUAUUCCCAUGGGCAGCCGCAUGUCGUGCAAAUAGCGUGUCGAACUUGGUCGACGUACUGACAGAUGGCAAGGUUGUUCCUAUCCGAGUACCGGCCCAGCCACGGAUUGGGUUUGUUUUCAACGGACAAGGAGCUCAGUGGUUCGCCAUGGGUAGAGAGCUGAUACGCGAAUAUCCGGUGUUUCGAUCAAGCCUUGAAUUAAUGGAUGGCCAUAUCAGGGAAAUGGGCGCACAAUGGUCCCUCAUACAUGAGCUCAGCCGCAGUGAGGAAACAACAAAGGUGCUGGGCCUCGAGUAUAGCUUGCCAUUGUGUAGUGCUAUUCAAAUUGCCUUGGUCGACUUGCUGCGAUCCUGGGGCAUCAGCCCAACCAUUGUCACCGGCCACUCUAGCGGAGAAGUGGGAGCGGCAUACGCGGCGCACGCCAUUGACGCCCGGUCAGCAAUCGCUAUCCCAUACCUUCGAGGGGCUCUAUCUGCCGAGACAGAAAGCAUCAUUGGAAUGGGUGGCAUGAUAGCCAUAGGUCUAGGACGCGUUGAAGCCGAACAUUACAUCUCCCAGGUCCAAAGCGGCAACGUAGGGGUCGCAUGCGUCAACAGCCAGAACAGUGUCACCGCCUCUGGAGACCUACCAGCAAUAGCAGAGCUAGAAGAGCUCCUCGUCACGAACAAGAUUUUUUGUAGGCGUCUGCGCAUCAACGGCGCGUUCCACUCUCCUCACAUGUCACCCAUCUCAAAAGAGUACAUGUCACGGUUACGUCCAUUGCUCAAGCCGAACCCAGGGCCGAGACAUGUCAUUUUCUCCUCCUCCAUGACGGGAAAUCACCUAGAGGACCUUGACCAACUGGCGACGCCAGAAUAUUGGAAUGCGAACAUGCUCGGAGUGGUCGAGUUCGAAUCAUCGUUCCGCAAUAUGUGUGUUUCCAGCCCGACAACAGCCGAUCAGUCCGGGUUUGCUCGAGCUGUCGAUUUGGUGCUUGAAAUUGGCCCUCACGGCUCUCUCAGCGGACCCAUUCAAGACCUACUGACCUUACCGGAGCUUAAGAGUCUCAGCAUAUCAUACCUGAACUGCCUCGUCAGGAAGAAGGACGCUGUCGAGACCAUGCACUCACUGGCUUGCGACCUUCUUAUAAGGGGAGCACCGGUCAAUCUCCGGGCUCUCAACUUUCCCAGAGCCGAUCACGAGCUUAAGGUCUUGCACGACUUGCCUCCCUACGCCUGGGCUCACAACAUCUCCUUUUGGCACGAACCUCGGAUCAACAAGGCGUGGCGACAACGCAUUGGCCCUUCUCCGGGCCUAUUGGGUAUUUAUCAACUUGCUGCAAACCAGCAUAUUCCGACAUGGCGAAAGAUCUUGCGUUUAAGUGAGCUACCAUGGCUUCGAGAUCAUGUUAUAGGCUCAAAUGUGGUUUACCCUGGCGCGGGCUACCUCUGUAUGGCGGUGGAGGCUGCGAGAGUGCUGUGCCAUGACGCGGCCCCGGCCCAUUUUCAGGUAUCUGGAUAUGACCUCCGCAAUGUCCGGUUCGAAAAGGCACUACUCAUUCCAGAGAUGGAAGGGAGGGAACUUCAGCUGAGUAUGCUUUCAAGUGCCGACGAUGGAGCAUCAGAGAUGAGUCAGUGGCGGGAAUUCCUGAUAUCCUCAGUCUCCGCCGACAAUUCCUGGGUAAAACACUGCCAUGGUUCCAUUAGGGCGCACUUUUCUGCGGCAAGCGGAGAGGACAAGUCCUCCACUGUCACAAGGAAGAGAAAUGAGGGAUCGACGACGUACAUCCGCCGUGUUGACCCUGUCGACUUAUGGGCGGCUUUGCACAGCGUUGGAAUAUCUCACGGUUCUGCUUUCCAAAAUAUCAACAAAUUGGAAGCCAGCAGAGACAAGAGUGUCGCAACUUUUACGGUGUCCCAGAUCUCGGUACAUGACGAAAACGAACAGACGCAGAGUCUGAUUCAUCCUACCACACUCGACUCUGUCUUCCAGGCCGCAUACAGCGCAUUGCCGGGGUUGGGGACUGCCCUCGACAUGGCGUUUAUCCCACGAGUAAUUGACCGAAUGUUUCUCAGGCAUGACAUCAACAGGGAUGCCGGGCAUCCUUUUGAAGCACACAUUUACCGGGGCCCGCGCAGCCCUCGUUCGUUUCAAACUGAUUUGGCUGUAUUUGAUGCCGACGAGAGCUCCACAAUCGCAGUGCUGGAAGUACAGGGCUUAAGCUACCAGAGCCUGGAAGGGGCUGCUGGCAUUGUCAAGCGUCAACGGUCCGAAGUCUCCAGUACCAUUCAAUGGGAGCCGGAUUUAUCUUUCGCAACAUCGCUCAGCGCCCUUGAACAUCUCAAAUCACCCGCAGAUAGCACAGAGAUGGACAUGGUGAUGAAACUCCGGAAGGCAGUAGUGCUUUACAUUCGGGAUGGCCUAGCAGCCAUGACCGCUGAUGAGAUAUCAUCUCUGGACAGCCACUAUGCUAAGCACUACUCGUGGAUGAAGACGCAACUGACGUUGGCCUCCGAUAACAGGCUGGGGCCGGAAAGCUCGAAGUGGCUUGACGUCAAUGAAGCCGAAAAGGAUGCAGUGUUUGACGAUGUCACCAAAGCGAGCGUCAACGGUGAAAUGAUCGGACGAGUUGGGCCCCGAAUACGAUCUUUGAUGGGGCAAGAGGUCUUCCCUCUUGAGCUCAUGUUGGAGGGUGGCCUCUUGUACCGCUACUAUGUAGGUGCUCUGAAGUGGGAUCGUUCCACGCGACAAAUUGCCGAGUUAGUUAGGUUGCUGGCACACAAAAGCCCCCGCGCGAAGAUCCUCGAAGUUGGCGGCGGCACAGGUGGCGGCACGAGCGCCAUACUCAACACCCUGGGAACAGAAGGUCAUGGCCAUGGAGGCGCCCUCUUUGGAAAAUACGACUUUACGGAUGUGUCAACUGGAUUCUUUGAGGCUGCUCGGAAGCGAUUCGAGCCAUGGAAGGAUCUUAUGACAUUCAGCAAGCUUGACAUCGAGCAGUGUCCAGCAGAACAGGGUUUUGAAAGUGGCUCUUACGAUAUCGUUGUGGCCUGCCAGGUCCUGCACGCAACCAAAUCUAUAGACAACACGUUGAUGAACGUUCGUCGAUUGCUGAAGCCCGGUGGUAGGCUUGUAUUGCUUGAGACCACUCAAGAUUCCUUAGACGUCUUCUUGGCUUUCGGGUUCCUUCCUGGCUGGUGGCUGAGCGAGGAGGCGGAGCGCCAGACUUCACCAUCACUCACUGUGCCUUUUUGGGAUAAAGUACUCCGCCGAAGCGGAUUCACUGGAUUGGACUACCAUGUUCGAGACUGCGAGGACGAGGAGUUCUACAGUUUCAGUGUCAUGAUGUCCACUGCGGUUCCCGAUCCAGCAUUAUACCCUUCAGAAGUCGUUCUCGUCUCUGGGUCUGCAUCACCACCUGCGGAGUGGCUCCACGACGCACAGGCUAGGUUGUCUGACUUGAUUGGAAGUCCGCCAAUUGUUGAGAACCUAGAGCACAUUCGCGCCCAAGGCAAAACGUGCAUAUUCCUUGGCGAUCUUGCUCAGGACACACUCCUCGAUAUGACCGCUUCUCAGUUUGCGGACGUCAAGAAUAUGAUCAGUAGCUGCAAUGGAUUAUUAUGGAUUACACGAGGCGGCGCCCUUGGAUCAGAGAUUCCAGAGCAAAGCCUUAGCCACGGGUUGCUUAGGUCCCUAAGGCAUGAAGCUCACGGGAAGCGAUUUGUCACGCUCGAUGUAAGCCCGAAGAGACGGGUCUGGGAACCCGAGACAGUCACAGCCAUCUGUGAUGUAUUCUCCGCAGCUUUUGACAUAGGUCAAGGCAAAACAACUCGAGACUGGGAGUACUGUGAAAGAGACGGUGUUGUCUUUGUCCCACGACUAUUCCGCGAAAAUCACGAAGCUCGGUCUGCACCAAACCCGACAGGUAACUCGGGGUCGAAUGGGGCUCUGGACAACUUGGAAGUUCCUCUUCACUCGACGCCCAUACCUCUGGGUACUGAUACUGCCAUCCUUCAGAAAGCAACGACACGUGACCCUCUUGGGCUGCCCCCAUACUGCAUCGAACUUGACCCGAAGGCAUUCAGGAUAGCUCUCGAUCCGGCCGCACACAGGAGCGACAUCAGCCGAUCUAACCUCUCAGAGGGAAUCAAGGCUAGCACAAUCACUUGUGCAGGACUUGUGUCACGCCUUGGAAGCGAUGCAGCCAGCGAGGGCUUCCAAGUUGGAGAACGCGUGGGCUGUUUGGUUUUCGAUCCUCUCAGCCGCAACCCCCAGACACGGUGGUCGAAUGCGACGCACAUCCCAGAAACGAUGGAUUUUGAAGGGAUAGCCGGCAUACUCGAGGCCGCUACGACCGUCUACAUCUCCAUGACGGAAAUCUCUAGACUCCAGAAGGGCGAAGCAGUGAUGAUACAGUCCGCUGCAAGUGAACUAGGUCAGGCUGCUAUAGGGCUUUGCCAGUCACUUGGGGCAGAGGUAUAUGCCACUGUCGAAAGUGUGGCCCACCGUCAGCUACUUGUGGCACAUUUUGGGAUACCAGAGUGCCGCAUCCUUCUGACACAACAGGGCCUUGCAGCCCCUGCUGUCCGAAGUGCGACUGGAGGGAAGACACUAGAUGUCCUAUUGAGAUGCCCGACUGAGUUUCUGCUUCGGCAGGAUGAAUGGGAUUUCAUGGGAGAGUUCGGACGCAUCAUUGAUUUGACUAUCCCUUCACCCAUGAACAGCAGGCAAGCUUGCAUAUCCAACAUGAAGCAAAAUCUGUCGUACAACUCGGUAUACCUGCCAGCAUGGGCGGCAUCUAGGCCACACGUUAUAUCCAAGGCCUUACAACAGGUUGUCCAUCUAUAUGAACAAGGUGUGUUUGCAACUGCGACGGGAAUUGCAACACAUCCUCUCUCAAGCCUCGAGCAGAUUGCCAUGUCUGCUAAGGAAUCUGGCCUGCCAAGAUCAGUUGUUCUCACCACAAAGACCUCCGAAGAAGUUCCAAUACCCAGAAGCGUGACUCGAGCCAGUCUUCGAGACGAUGUGUCCUACCUGAUUGUGGGUGGGACAGGUGGCAUUGGAAGAUCUCUAUGCGAGUGGAUGGUGGAGCGCGGUGCCAAGCAUCUCAUCCUGAUGUCACGCAAUGCCCGCCUCGACGAGUUCCUCCUUGGGCUAGAUUGCAAAGCGCGUGCAGUAUCGUGCGAUGUCUCGAAUGAAGCGCACUUGAUCCAGGCACUUGAGAAUUGUCUUGACAUGCCUCCCAUCCGAGGUGUCUUUCAAGCUGCCAUGGUCUUGCAUGACUCCGUGUUCGAGCAAAUGACACUCGAUGCAUUCAAGACAACCCUUGCACCCAAGGUCUUCGGAACACGAAAUCUACAUCGUCACAUAAGCGGACUCGACUUCUUUGUCAUGUUCUCGUCAAUCCUUGGUAUUACCGGAGCGCCCGGUCAAUCUAACUACACUGCCAGCGGGGCUUACCAGGAUGCUCUUGCUCGGUUCCGGAGGACCAGGGGCCUUCCAGCUGUCUCGAUAGACCUGAGUAUGGUUCAGUCUGUCGGCUACGUUGCGGGUGACCGUCGCAUCUCGAGCCGUUUGGCACAGAACGGGAUCUCGAUGCUGCAAGAGGAGGAGCUUCACGACAUCCUUGACCAUACUAUUCUAGCUCCAUCAAGAACACAGAUAGUCACUGGGAUCGAGUCGGGUCCCGGAACAGACUGGCCCGAGGUGGGCUGGCUUCAAGACAGCCGCUUCGACGGCCUGAGACCGCGAAUGUUGUUUUCUACGUCAGCCGUCGACGUGAAGAGCGAACAAGCCAUCAACCUCCGUAUCGCGCUCCCAGCAGACAUGUGCUUGGAGAAAGCGACGGCUUGCAUACUGGGCGAACUCACAAAAGAGCUCAUCCGAAUGUUUGGAGCGAUCGAGAUCGAUCCAUCCAAAGACCUAGCCUUCCAUGGUGUCGACUCUCUCGUAGCAGUCGAAAUACGCAAUUGGCUUGUCGCGCAGACUGCAGUCGAGCUACCUGGUAGCGAAGCGGCUCGGGCAUAUUUGAGCAGAGUCGGCAAGAAUUUUCCGUUUAGAAACAACCGUCUCCGUAUUGUCUUCACCCUGAAAUUGGAAUUGAAGGAUAUUUCUGAGGCUACCAUGGACUUUACCACGUUUCCCAACUUGAUUCGCAAUCUUACAUAA